UUUUGUUUUAAGUUCUGAUCAUCAGAACACGGAAUCUCAUUCAUCCUAAAAUUUCCAUUUUCAUCCAAACCUCAUCUAUCACACCUAAAUUCAAUAAAUUAUAAUUAUACUUGUAAGAUUGAUCAAAAUUAGGUGGAAUUAAGGUAAAAUAAAAUUGUGCCAAUUACAUGUGUAAAAAUAUGGGAAAGGAUGUCGACUCAAUUAAAUAAUCUUUGGAUGUCCAGCUUAUCAGCGGGAUGUGCAAAUGACAGUCCCGCUUUAAGUGAACUCUUAUCUGAACAUUUAAAGCGAGUUUCUCUUACUGAUUCAUUAAAUUUAAUAUUUAAGGGCGGAUAUUUAAGGAAAUGGCGUAGAUCAUCUCGUUUAACCUUAUCUCAUCCCAAAAAUGACAAUAAAGCACUUGUUGCAUCACACGGAAGUUCCACUACCGUUUACAGUUCCCAAUCUUCUGGACGUUCACAUGAGCUGUUCUUUUGGGUUUCAAAGGUGUGCGACACACUUUUCCUUCGCUGGCAAUCGAAAAGAAAACGCAGCAGCGAGAGUAUUUUCCCGCUCUGUGCUGUAAGAAGUAUACACAGAGGUGAUGAGUUGACCUACUUCGAUCACAAGGAUCCCUUCGACGGCGUGAGCCUGAAAUUUAUCUUCGUUAUCAACGGGAAGUUUUCACUACAGCUGGCAGCAUCGUCUGAGAAUGAUGCACUUAUGUGGAUCUCAGGCCUCUAUUUCGCAGCCAGAUAUGCACGAAGUGAAUAUUCAAUCAAUUGGAUAACAAACUCAGAUGUUUUCAACUCAUUUCUCAAGUCAGACAAGAAGAAACGAACAGAACUUGGCGACUGUGAGUUUGAUUCGAAAGCUUUAAAGCGUUGUCUUAACGACAAAUACGUCAGUCUUGUAUACUUGAGUGACUAUGAGAACAUCAGGGCUGAGGACUCAGACUUCUUAUUACCCCAAAACUUGUCUCAGUUUGUUGAAUAUUUAGGGUAUUGUGGAGUAGUUUCCAGGCCCGAAAAUGUUGAUGUUAUAACAUCAAUGGUACGCAGACUCCUUGAGUUCAGAAAUACCAUUAACGCCGGAUUUUUACAGAUGACCUCACAGCUUGACAAGAAUUUGAAGCCAAUUCGUGUCAUCAAGGCAUGUAUGGAUCACUUUGAUUCACUAGACUUGGAAUACCGUGUCCUACAUAGAGACCUGAUAGCUAUUUACCCAGAACUCACAAAUCAAGAAUGCGAGGACGUUUUUUAUAAUAUAGUAAGACAGUGUGCUCUAAGAGUUAUGCUGAGAACAUCAACAGGGAAAUCUGAGUUCAUUCAGCAGAUUCAACCAGCAGACUAUGAACUAUUUCUGCGUAACAUUCAGUCCUCUGAUUCUAACGAAGUGGUUACAAAUUUGCUUGCAGUACAAGACUGGCUGUCCCCUUUAUCGUAUAUAGCCGAUAAUUUGCCUGAGUUAAAGGCAGUUGGCUGUUUCAGGAAAGUUAAUAUUCCCAGAAUUCCUGUGAGAUUCCUGACACUUUUAGGCUUUAACUGGUCACUCACGAGUAAUUUUAACGACAUUUGCAUACCUCAAGACAGUGACGAGAUUUUCUCAGUAUUGAGUUUAACCUUGAGGGAUUUCUGGAUAUCUAGUAGUCACAACACCUACUUGAUUGGAGAUCAAUUGGGAGGUUCAGCCACGGCCGGUGCUCUAGCAGAAGCUCUUCUCCGUGGAUGCAGAUGCAUAGAACUUGACUGUCAAGACGGCGCUGAAGAGCCGGUACUUUGUCACGCUUGGAAGAACUGUCACUUGACAGGGUCUGUGACCCUUCGUGAAGGCCUUAUCGCAAUAAAAGAGUCCGCCUUUGAGUCCAAUAAAUUACCUGUAAUUUUAUCCUUUGAAAUGCACUGCUCAGAUGAAUUCAAAUUCCAGUCCUUUGAACUUGUUACUCAGAUACUGGGAGAUGAACUGUUGACUUUGGACAAUGACGACCCUGUUGACUUAGUUGCCCGGUGUGAGCUGGGCAAUUUGCUAAACAAGUUCUUGAUAAAGGCAAAGUAUAAAUCAUCUGAAAAUGCAUUUUUAGGUCCAGGCGAAAUUGCUUGGCAAUCGCUAAUAACUUUGAGAGGUAUAGAUAUAGAUAAAGUCGAUGAAAAAAAAAUCGAGACACUUAAGCGUAACUCUGUUUUCGCUAUUUCCGAAACUAAAUUCAUUAAAAUAUCAAAGGAACCUAGUUUAUUGAAUGCGUUAGCUGAACGUUGUUUUGUACGGGUUUACCCAUCAGCAACAAGACUUGCAAGUACUAAUUUUUGCCCUGUAAAGCCUUGGUCACACGGAGUUCAAUUUGCAGCCCUAAACUUUCAAUCUUUCGACCGGUCAAUGCUGAUUAAUUAUGGCCGUUUCUACCAUUCGUUUGGAUAUGUACCGAAACUUAUCUACAAAAACUCGUCAGAUUAUGGCGGUAAUUCUAAAUAUGAUCAUGAAAAGGCUAUAAAUAGUGAUAAGAUUAAUAAUGAUUUAAUAUUGACUUUACAUGUUUUAAGUGGGUCCCAGUUACCUACUCCAAACGUGUUCCAGGAUAGAAAUUACGUCAAUUCUUUUAAUAACGUGUUAUAUUCAGUUGGAGAGGAGAAUAUGUUUCUUGAUAAAAGUAAUUUGAAGGCGCCAAAAUUCGCAAAAUCAAAGGAGAAGCGUAAACUUAAGCAGGCAAUAAAGCAAGGGUUAGAAGUAGAUGAGGAAGAUACUAAUGGCACCACAUUGUUUAACGUUAUUGACAAAUCUGCAAGAACCGUUUUAGACCACAGGCAGAAGGUUUGCCCUUUUGUCGAAGUUUCAGUUGUUGGUGAGGACGAAAACACCUGCAAGACGAAACCUGUAAACUUUAACACCUUCAAUCCUGUCUGGUCGGACUCUAAUCCGCCCUUUACUUUCAAAAUUCGUAACCCCAAUGAGGCGAUUCUUCUCUUUUACGUGAAGCACUAUGACAGCAUUUCUUCUGAAGUUUUAGGUCAGGCUGCUUUUCCCGUCAACAGGUUACGGCCAGGCAUCCGCUGGGUUCAAUUGCUGGACUCUAAGUUUAUGGAAAUCGAUUGUUCAGGUUUAUUAGUACACAUUGAGAUGCAACCCUUGAAAAAUCCAUGAUAACGCAUAAUUCAUUCGUGUAUAUUCUGCUUAAAGUAAAGAUAAAAUAUGGAUAAGCUUUUCGAAAAUAAAACUCAAACUUGCUUUGAUUAAGUGUUAAUUUUACUAAAAUACA